AUGUAUAAGCUGUUCGUCCUGAUAUACGACUUGUAUACGACACAACAACAACUGCAGCAGCAGCCACAUUGGAUUAAACAUCUUGAACUGCUGUGCAUUGUUGUGGCAUUGCUGUGGUUGCCUUCUUCCGUGCACGGCCAGCAACAAAAGUUUCGCACCGUUCCACACGAUCUGCAAGUGCUGGAGGGAUCCGAGGCCAUGAUGAGAUGCGAGGUGGCCAACGUAGCCGGCGCCGUGCAAUGGACAAAAGACGGUUUCGCCUUGGGCUUCUCUGCAUCCAGAUCGCCGCCAUCAUCGAUCGAGAUCAAAGGAUACAGCCACAACUCUAAGGUGGAAGUGCGCGAAAAUCAGGACUUAACACUCAAGUGCAUUGUGGCCAAUGCAAAGCCCGAAGCACAAAUCGUUUGGUAUCGCGGCAAUGUCGAAUACAAGCCAGAUAAGCGGGACGACAAGGUGGAGGAGACGAUGCCAAAGCGAUUUACGACUACGUCCAGUCUGAAGCUGAAGCCCGGUGCGGAUGAUGAUUACACGGAAUACACAUGCCAGGCGAAGCAUAAGGCGCUAUCGCCGGAUAUGCCCAUGCGUGCAACUGUACAACUGUCCGUGUUGUAUCCACCCGGUCCGCCGUACAUCGAGGGCUACUCGACCGGGGAUACCCUGCGACGUGGACAGUUGGUGGAGCUCAUGUGUCGGAGUCGAGGCGGCAAUCCGCCCGCUCAGCUCAUCUGGUAUAAGAACGGUUCCCAGAUACGCAUGGCCUACAGGACAUCUGGCCGGCUGUCGGAGAACAUUUACAGCUUCACAGCGGAGGCGGGCGACAACAAGGCGCGAUUCCGCUGCGAGGCGAGCAACGUCAUGUCUCAGACGCCGCUCAAGGCGGAAGUCGAUUUGGCUGUUCUGUUCGCCCCAUCGCAAGUCACGGUGACAGGUCCGACGGAGGCGCGAGUCGGCGACGUUGUGCCCCUAACUUGUUCCACGGCGCCCUCGAAUCCACCCGCGGAGAUCAAAUGGAUGGUUGCCGGACGACAGAUACGUAAUGCUACCUCAAAGACGACCCUCAGCAGCGAAGGUGGCUGGACAACCAGUUCGAAUUUUACGACCAUUGUGGAGCCCAACAAGCGUUCCCUGGUCGUCAUAUGUCAUGGCCUAAACAUGCAGUUGACCGAGAAUGUCGUCGCCACGCAUACGAUCAACGUUCUAUAUCCACCCGCGCCGCCAUUAAUUUCGGGCUAUAUAGAGGGACAAAUUAUACCAGCUGGUUCGGUGCAAAAACUGCUCUGUGUUUCAUCAGGCGGCAAUCCGUUGGCAACGUUAACGUGGUACAAAAACGACAAACGGAUCAACUCCGUCAUUCGGUCCGCCGACAAAUCCGUUUCAGCCGAAAUAACUAUUUUGGCCAACGUCACCGACAACCAGGCCCAAUAUCGUUGCGAGGCCUCGAACAGUGCCACCGAAAUACCGCUGUUCGAGUCGACAACACUUAGCGUGCACUUUGCGCCAGAGACGGUAAAAAUACGCAUUGAACCGGAAGAACUGCGACCUGGCAUGGAGGCAACCAUCAUUUGUGACUCGAGCUCAAGCAAUCCACCGGCAAUGCUGUCCUGGUGGAAGGAUGGCAUCUCCAUUGAAGGCAUUAAUAAUACGUCGAAGCCAGGUCUCUGGGGCGGCACAGUCUCCACAUUGGAGUUCAAGCUAAACAUCAGCCAGGAAAUGAACGGUGUGGUCUACACCUGCCAAAGCGCCAACGAGGCAUUGCAGCGCAGUGUCCAUGAGGCAAUCAGCCUCAAUGUGCUCUUUCGUCCCAAGUUUGUGCCGCCGCCGUCGUGGACUUCGGUGGGAUUGGAGGGAGAAUCGUUGCAGGUGCCGCUGCAGGCGAAUGCAAAUCCCUCAACAAUUGCCUACACCUGGACAAAGAAUGGCAUGGCCAUACCACAGGAAUCCAGUGGCAGCGUCUCUGCCGGCGAGCAUCGCAUCUUUGCCGAUGGUGCCACUCUGAACUUCACCAAACUGCACCGUGAUGAUGCCGGCGUUUAUUCCUGCACCGCCAGCAAUUCCCAAGGCAAAGCGAGUCUCAACAUUACAGUCGUGGUUGAAUAUGGCACCACAAUCAAGUCCGUGUCGGAGAAUAUCAUUGUGAAUCCUGGCGAGGAUGCGAUGCUUUCGUGCAGCGUUGAGGGCAAACCGCUGGCCGAGGAGCAUGUGAAGUGGGAGCGAGUUGGCUACAACAUGAAGGUUAAGACAACUACAACCUUCACCAAUGGCACCGCCUACCUGCACAUCAAGGAUGCCCAGCGAGAUGAUGUGGGCAACUUUCGUUGCGUGGCCGACAAUCAUGUGGCCAAUCCCACCAAUCGCGAUGUCCUGCUUAUUGUCAAGUUUGCACCCGAGAUAGCCAAGGCCCCGACUUUGCUGCGAGCGGCGAGCGGGACAGGCGAGAGGGGCAGACUCCCUUGCCGUGCUCAGGCAUCGCCAAAGCCGCAGUUCAUAUGGCGCCAGGAUAACAAGGAUCUGCCCAUUAACCAUACAUUUAAAUACGAGGUGGAGGAGCGCAAGAUUGACUCCCUCACCUACGAGUCCUCGCUCAUUGUCGAGAAGGUUGCCCCCGCCGACUACGGAGCCUACGAAUGCGUUGCGCGCAAUGAACUCGGCGAGGACAUCGAAACUGUGCGAUUGGACAUCACAUCACAGCCAGAGCCGCCGCUCAGUCUCAAUAUACUGAAUGUGACCCAUGAUACGGUGACUGUGGCCUGGACGCCGGGCUUUGAUGGUGGCCUGAAGGCCUCUUACCGCGUUCGGUAUCGAAUGGCAGACCGCGAACAGUACAAAUACAUUGAUGGUCUGCCCAACAGUCACAAGUUGACCAUCGGCGGGUUGAGGAUGAACACGUUAUAUCUAUUUUCGGUGAUGUCCUGGAAUGAUUUGGGACAGAGCUCGUACCUGCCGGAUUUGACGCGUGCACAGACGAAAGAAGCGCCUCCGCCCUCACAGCCGGCAUCCUCGCUGGGCGGUGGUCCGCCAACCACCAGUCAGACGCCUUUGGGCGGCACAUCGGGCAUGCUGCUGGUGGGCGUGGCCUCUGGCAUUACGGUGGUAUUGCUCAACGUGUUUGUCAUCGGUUGUUGUCUGCACAAGCGCAACGAGAAGCGUCUGAAGCGAGGACUUGAAAUGCUGCCAGCCGAGUUAACGGAGGACACCAGCAAUACACCGAAUCUGGUCAUAAUUGGCAUCUCACUGGCGGCAUUUGGAUUCCUUUUGGUCAAUGCGGCGCUCGUUGCAUGGUUCUUUGUGCAUCAACGACGCAAAAAAGUGGCGGAAACUACAAAUCAACCAGGCAAAACGGCGACCAUCGAAAUGUACGCGCCCAGCUCGUACAAUGACACCGUUACCGGCGAGACACUGUCCAGCGUGUCGGAGAAGAGCGAGUCCUACUCCAAUGAGGGCAGUCAACCGGAAUAUAUUGACGAGGCACGCAAGAAGGCUGCAUCGACGUAUCUGGUGGAGAGCGCUGACAUGCCACCACCUAGAUACCAAAAGGAUGGCACACUGCCAGCAUUAUAUCCGAAUAAUAUGGUUAAUGCCUGCACGCUGCCGCAUCCCAGGCACAAUAAUGGUCAUGCCGCAGCUGUUGCUGCCGCUGCUGCGGCACACAUGACGCGUGACGAUCAGAUGCUCAUCAGCAAGGGCGUUUACAUUCCGUCCCCCUCGCCUGCACCGCCUCCAGAUGGUUCCUACUACAACAUGAACAGUGACAGAUAUCUGUCGUAUCCGCCAAUGGAAUACCCGGCAGCACUGGAUUUCAGUGGACCUCCUUUGGCGCUGACACAUAUGCAGCCGAUGCCCAUAACGGUAACCUCGCAGGCAGCGCUGCUUGCGUCAAACGGUGGCGCCACGCUUGUUGGCAAUGGCAGCGCCAUUGGCGGCUCCGGUACCUUGAGGCGUGGCAUAUUGCGAGGCGUUGUGGGCGUGCCACCGCCGGAUGUUACACACCACACCUCAGCUGGCGGCAGUCCGAUGCAAAUGUUGCAUGAUCUGCAUCCGGUGAAUCUGAGUGCCACAACGCUGACCACGAGCACAACGCUCAACGGCAGCAUGACGACGGCUCUGCCACUUGGCACUGCAACGCUGCCCCGCCAACCACACAGCAUACUCAAGGAUCCCAAUCGUAAUAAACAGCAGCAACAACAGCAACAGCAACAGCAACAACAACAGUUGCAGCAACAACAACAGCUGCUGAACGCCAGUCUGGUGGGCGUGCCAGUGUCGGCGCCCAUUGGCAGCCUGCAGAUCCUGAAUCUGCCACCGACGAGUGUUGCCGGUCUGGGCAACAAUUUGCUAAUGACAACCAGCGCCACCUAUGACCCAGCGUCCCUCAGUAGCUUCAAUUCAAGUGGCGGACCCGGCGGUUUGCCAGUGGCCUACACAGAUGCUGAUGGACAUCUCGUAUAGCUGUAGGCUGAGACUGGGGACGGCAGCACUGAGCAGCCCCGGUACUGAAACCAAAUAGACAUAGGGAUAGAGAUAGAGAUGGAGA